AUGUCGAAUAUCAUUUCGAUAAUUUUGUAUGCGAUCGUCUGUAUCAUCGGCGUCAUGGGCAACACACUCGUUAUUUAUGUGGUGCUGCGUUUUAGUAAUAUGCAGACCGUUACCAACAUGUACAUCUUGAAUCUGGCGAUUGCAGACGAAUGUUACCUCAUUGGCAUCCCUUUUCUUAUCACGACGAUGCAUUAUCAGCACUGGGCUUUCGGCAGCACGAUGUGUAAGGCGUACAUGGUAUCAACUUCUAUCACGCAAUUCACAUCGUCGAUAUUUCUCUUUAUCAUGUCCGCAGACAGAUAUAUUGCGAUUUGUCAUCAUGUUUCGUCGCCCAAAUACCGCACACCGCUAGUGUCUCGCAUCGUCUCCGCCAUCGCCUGGAUCGCAUCUGUGAUAAUAAUGUCACCAAUUAUUGUCUUUUCCGACACAAUGACGAAUGUGCAGGGCGAUCGUGCCUCGUGUCGCAUCGUUUGGCCCGCCGAACACGAAGCAUCCAGUAGUUUUUACUUCACCAUCUACUCCUUCGUGCUGGGAUUCGCGCUUCCAUUGUGCUUCAUUGCGACCUUUUACUUCCUCGUGAUACGAAAGUUGCGCAAAGUCUCGAAAAAGACGCAAAACUCGCACUCGAAGAACAAGAAAAAGUCGCAUCGCAAGGUAACGAAACUCGUGUUGACCGUCAUUACGGUGUACAUUUUGUGCUGGCUCCCGUACUGGGUGUCACAAGUCGCUCUUAUCACGUCCGAGCCCAAAGACUGUAAUACGCGCCUUGAAAUUACGCUUUUUUUGCUCGUCGGAUGCUUGGGGUACGUCAACUCGGCGAUAAAUCCCAUCUUGUACGCCUACCUGAGUGAUAAUUUUAAAAAAAGCUUCAUGAAAGCGUGUACUUGCGCGAAAACGAAGGACAUCAAUGCCCAACUUAGGUUAGAGAAUAGUGUUAUGCCGCGCAAAUCGCGCAAUCGAACCAACUCCGAGACACCCGUGACACUGACAACUACGACAAAUAUCACGUCAAAGUCGAACCGGCUGAUAAUUGAGCCACUCACGAUGGUAAAUACAACAACAACAACUGGCAUAUCGGACAACAACUCGUCUCUGCACCCCAGUCCCAAUCCAAUUUUGAAGAGCGCGAACCACUUUCGGGGCAACAAUACGAACGGCAGCAGCAACAACAACGACAAAGUCGCGUUCGAAGGUGAUUUGGUUCAAAUUAAUUAAUUUAAGGAAGAAUAGAGAUAAAUUUAACAUUUAACGAGGGAAAUCAAUAAAGUUGUAACGGAAUAUUUUACGCGCGAACCCUUGAAGUCAACGACGAUUUUUGUGAUGAUAGUAUUAAACGAAUCUAUUUCGCGUCUUUGAAUGAGCGGUUAUGUUAAAUUUAUUCAUGCCCAAAAAAAGAAAAAAAAAAUCAAAAGUAUUUCAGAAUGACGGUACAUUCUG